AUGGCUACUGGUUUUGAAUUGAUUUUAGCAGCCAUUUGUUUAAAUAGUACAGCAUGUAUGCAAGGGAUACCAUUACAAAAUAAUUCCGAUACUAUGCAAUUUUCAAUGAUUUCACAAAAUGGAAAUUCAUCAUUUAUUAAUAUUUUAGAUGAAAAAAAAACAGAAAUGGCAAAACAAAAUCGAUUAAAAGAAAUGCAAAAUUGGUUAAAUGGAAGAAAAUUAAGAAUAGCUACAAUUGAUGAUUUCCCAUUAAGUUAUACUGAAAAAAAAAAUGGUGAAAUUGUUGGUAAAGGUGUUUCAUUUGCAUUAGUUGAUUUUUUAGCUAAAAAAUAUAAUUUUACAUAUGAUGUUAUUAAACCGGAUAAUGAUAUUAUUGGUUCAUCAUAUGAUAUGGAUAAAAGUUUAAUUGAAUUAUUAAAUCAAAGUCGUGCUGAUAUGGCUGCUGCUUUUAUACCAUUAUUAAGUCUGAUACGUCAACAUGUUGCAUAUUCAGAAACAACAUUAGAUGAAGGUGAAUGGAUUAUGAUAAUGCAACGUCCACCUGAUUCAGCAUCUGGUUCUGGUCUAUUAGCACCAUUUACAUUUGAUGUAUGGAUAUUAAUUAUGAUAUCUUUAUUGGCUGUUGGACCAAUUAUAUAUGGUUUAAUAAUGUUACGUAAUAAAUUAACAAAAGAUGAUUCACAAUAUCCAUAUUCAUUGGGACAUUGUGUAUGGUUUGUUUAUGGGGCAUUAAUGAAACAAGGAAGUACAUUGUCACCAAUAGCAGAUUCUACAAGAUUACUUUUUGCAACAUGGUGGAUUUUUAUAACAAUUUUAACAUCAUUUUAUACAGCAAAUUUAACAGCUUUUUUAACAUUAUCAAAAUUUGUUUUACCAUUUAAUGAGGUUGAUGAUGUUUUAAAAGCACAAAAAAAUUUUGUUGCAUCACGUGGAAGAGGUCUGGAAUAUGCUAUAAAAACGGAAAAUGAAAUUCUUUCUAAAUUGAAUACAAUGGUUCAAAAAAACAAAGUUGAAUUUGUUAACACAAGCGAUACAACAAUUUUAAGAACAUUCGUCGAACAAAAAUCUUUUCUAUAUAUAAGAGAUCGACCUGCAACUGAUCAUAUGUUAUAUAACGAUUAUAAAUUCAGAAAAACAAUUGACAUAAAAGAGGAAAAAAUUCAUUGUCCUUUUGCAAAGGCAAAAAAUCCAUUUAUGACAAAGAAACGAGCGUUUGCAUAUCCUUUAAACAGCAAUUUAAGUUUAAUAUUUGAUCCAGAAUUAUUAAAUCUUGUUGAAUCUGGAAUUGUAAAACAUUUAAGUGCAGAAAAUUUACCAAAUGCUGAAAUUUGCCCACAAAAUUUAGCCAGUACAGAACGUCAAUUACGAAAUGGUGAUCUAAUGAUGACUUACUAUAUUAUGCUAGCUGGUUUUGCAACAGCAAUUGUUGUAUUUUUCACAGAAUUAAUAUUCCGUUGCUUAAAUGCACGACGGGAACGUUUCCAAGAUGAAGAAUUUCUUCGACGUGGCAAUGUUAAAAAUAUUGCAUGGAAUAAAAAUCGUAAUGGUAUACAAACAUUAUCAAAUAAUAAUAUAACACCACCGCCACCAUAUACAAGUAUAUAUAAUCAAAGUCGACAAUUGAUGCAAAAUUUAAAUAGAAUCAAUGAAAUUGAUCCAGAAAAGCCAGCUGUUAAAAAAUUAAUAAAUGGUCGAGAUUAUAUUGUAUAUCGGAAUAUUAAAGGUGAAAAUCAAUUAAUACCAUUAAGAGCACCAUCAGCAACGCUGUUCCAGUAUAGUUAUGUAGAUUAA